AUGAGAGCCCCGGACCUCGGAGCGGUUGGCGCCAUGCAAAUGCAGGGAUGGGCCACUCCUGGCCACUCGCAUACACAACGCCCCGGGAAGAGUUGCGUUGACUUGUGUAGAGUUCCAUUGUCCGGCGGGUACAUGGCGGUGCCUAAACCCAUUUCUCAUGAGUCUCCCUUGACAGAAACCCAGGGCCGAGAUUCGAGGAGGCGGCAAUCGGCAUGCUUGGUUCGGGGCGGUGAAAAGCCAAGUUUGGGCGAUUGGCCUGACUCGAUCGAAUGCACCGACGGAGAAGAUCUUUCUCGUCAAUUACCCCCGGCUUGUAAUUUUGACAACAGAGCUGUGGCGCCCAGGGAGACUCUGACUGCUCGGAAGACCAUGAGCCAUUUGUUUGAUAUGGUAGCUGAUAUGUAA